UCGUUUCAUCUGUGUGUUCUUAAAUCGAAAACCACUGAAGCUAGCCACUAAGGACUUAAACUCCCUUGUGGUUAGAACGGUGAGUGUUUCAAUAAUAUUAGAAAUUUCUGAGUGCUCAUUUGGCACACUGCUUUGGAGUCUACUACGGAUAGCCCUUGGCAACUAAUUAUCCAAUUUCCAAAUGCUUAAUUUAAUACUGUUACCAAACCAUUAACUGAUUUUUAAAGUGAAAUUGUCAACGACUUGCCUCUGUGCAAGAACUCGAGUGAUCCCUUUGUUUAGGGGACACUUAGCUUGGUCCUUAGCACAGGGAUGCUACUGAGAUUUUAGUUGCAGCUGCAUUUUGUGUGGUAUCAGAAAAGUAAUAUCCAAGUCUGAAUUAGAUAUUGUUUAGGCCUAUAGAGAUGUAGCUGUAGGAUUCUGUGUGAUAGAUGGACAAUUUUCUCCAUUCUCUAAUGAACAUACUGCUAGUGGGACUUUUGAAAUAAGGUUCUUCCUUGAAUAUGCAAAAUAAUGACAGGAAUAUACAAAAACAAGUUUGUUAUAUUUAAGCUCAGUGCAAAGUAGGGAAAGUUUAUUUGAAGGUUUGAUGAGUUGAUAGUGUACAUUGUAGAACAUCCCAUGCUUCUGUCCAUCAAAUUGACUAAGAGGUAAUUGUUUUGUCUGGACAGGAAAAAUGUCUGCCGACUUGCAGUGGAUAAUUGUAAGGAACCACUCCUGUUUCUUGUUGAAAAAUCAGGGAGCCACAUUUUCAAAGGUAUAUUUCACAGGCAAUUAUUUUGUCGCAGGUUAAAAAAAGUAGUUAAACUUGUGUUAAUUGGUGUAAGUUUCUAAAGAAACUGUGGUGCUAUGUCAAUGGGGUUUAACAAGAUAGUUUGGUUUUAUCAACAUAGUUGAUAAUGUAAAUGGGCCAUGGUAAAAAGUUAGUGAGAGUAAAUCUUGAGUUAAUUAACUUUAUCAGAGCAUGAUGAUCAUGAGUUACCUUAUCAUUUAUUGUUAGGAACCACUAAACCUUACUGGAAGGAAUGCAUUCAAACAUUGUGGAUUGGUGAACAAAAAGGUAAGAUUGUGUUUAAUAUUUAGACUAUUAUCUUACCCAUUAUGAAAUCACUCAAUUGGCCCUUUGACCCCUAAGGGUGACUUCUAUCCUAUUUCUCUCUACAAUAUCCUGUGAAUCACUUGGUAAGGUCAUGAAAGUAAAGGAAAUGAUCACCAACUAGAGAGGCUCUUAAUUGUUAAACAAAUUCUCCUCGUCAGCACCUUAGGAACUGUACAGAGGACACUCUAGACAACAUGCAUACUGAUGUGGGUGUAAACGGUAAAUACUGGUUGUGAAGUCCUGUGUCACUAUGGUGACCUGUGAAUGGGGUAUUUCUGUCCUGCAUCGUAUGGGCGAUAAUGUACUUGUGAAAGGUACUUGAGUUGUCAAUGUAGCUUGAAUGAUAUUGCCAGGCACAUACUUGGGCUGCAGAAUUGCAAAGAGGAGGAAGUAAUGAAUUUUUUUAGUAGGAAGGAGUUUUUAGUGGAAUUUAUUAAGUGAAAUAAUUGCGUGCAAGUGCAUCUCUGAAUAUGCUCUUGUCACAUUUCAGUCCAUUGGAGUUACUCCUGAACCCUCUGGCAAAGGUGUUGUCCUCACCAUUAAGAAGAAGAAGUGUAAGUUGAAGUGAUUUUUUUCAUCUUAUUUGUGAUGCUUCCCUUCAUAAACAUUUAGUUACUCUAGUAUUUUAAGGUUCAGGCUUUAGUCAUUUACAUACAUGCAAUACCCAAAAGCUUCAAAUUACUGGUGAACAUUAAGCCCCAUUGGAAAUGAUUUUCUACCUGAAAUAUUAUAAUCUUAAACUCUUAGUAACACUGUGGUGAAAUUGUGGAUAUACUUUAAGUUCUAACGAGGGGUGUUGAUAGUUUAAUUUUUUUAAUGGGCUAUUUCAUUGUACAUGUGUGGAAUAAAAUGAGCCAUUGUUGCCACUAAUGUCCUCCCCAAUUGAUGCACCUACAGUUCAGUAAGUUACUGUGGCAUCUCAGUGUAUGUAUUUUAUCAUUUAUACAUAUAGUGGCUGAGAAAUGUGCAUGACUGGAGCAAUUGGCUGGAUUUGUUUCCUAGUUAUCCAGAUUUUGACAAGUUGUCCUGCCCAUUGCAUUUUCUAAAUGUUAUGUUGAAUGUAAAUAUUAGUGCAAAAUAACGUGAGUGCAUUAUCUGUGGACUAAGUGAAGUAUAGCAGAGCACCUUCACCUUGGACAUAACUUUUGACAUUUUCAUUUAAUUUGUACUGUGAAUUUCAUUGGGAAGUAACUCUUUCUAUUUAUAGGAGUUAGGUUUAGUGGUAUUUGUUUCCUUGCAGAUGCCAACAAGCCCUCUAAGGUUACCUCCAAGGUGACUUUGGCUCGUGACUCUCGUCGCACCAUCAAGACCAUUAAGAACCUGUGUGGCAAGAACUAUUACCGACAGGAUCUGGAGGAUGCAGCUGUCAGGAGGGCAUGUGCCAUCCUCCGCAGCCAAAGGACUGGCACUGGUGUGCAGAAGAAUCGUACUCGCAGAAAGCGCAACUGA